UAUUUUUUAUAACUUUUAUUAUUAUAACUUAUAAUUUUUUUUUCCAUUUUUUUAUAAAUUAAUUAUAUAGUUAAAUAUAACGUAUUAAAAUAUGGGAACCUUUAAUUAAAGAUUCGUAAAGUUAUGAAUUUAUAAAAAUGUUGAUUUUUGGUUAUAUUUCGGUUGGACCGUUGACUUGUGUGGACCGCUGACUUUGAUUUACGUUAUUGUGAUAUAUUGCAGCGUAAUCCCUAUAUUUACUUGCAUUGUAAGCUCGAUCUCGCUGCUUUGAAGCCAUCAAUACCUGUAUGUCAGACAUGAAGGUGUUCCUUCAUCCAGUGCAUAAUGAAGAUCGCUAGAAGUGCAAAGGAUAUAUAUCGUCCGCGGGCUCGGAUCAUGGAUGAACUAAUCAAGAAAGCAAUUAAAGAACUUGAGGCUACGAGGAAGCCCCUCAACGCCGUUUCGUGGAAACCCGAUCAGCCGCAUGCACAGCCCUUUUUCACAUACGACCGCUCUAAACAAGGAUGGGCACCGGCGGAGCCCAAGCCGCUGCAGAAAGGGGGCAGUGGAAAUGGAAUUAAUCGGCUGAGGCUGUACAGCUGGAAUAUCGAUUUCAUGCUACCGUUUGCGAAACCGAGGAUGGAUGCCGCGCUAGACCAUCUCAACGGUCUAACGAGCAAAUUACCAUCCACGACGGCCGCGGUUAUCUUCUUACAAGAGUGUAUCGAAGAAGACCUCGAGACAAUCGGCGAAAAGAAAUGGGUGAGGGAUAAAUUCAACGUGACAGACAUCGACGGCAGCAACUGGCAAGCCUACUACGGCACCACCACGCUGUUGGAUCGGCGACUAGAUAUCACGUCCUGCUUCCGGGUGCACUAUGCGAAAACGGAAAUGGACCGUGACGCCCUAAUCGUAGAAACAUCGUUAAACGCGCCCAGCGGCACGCCCAAGACCCUCCGGCUAUGCAACUCGCACCUCGAAUCGCUAGCCGUAAAGCCGCCGCUGCGCCCGGCGCAAGUACGAGUCCUAGCGACGCACAUGCGCGCGCCGGACGUACACGGCGCGCUCGCAGCGGGGGACUUCAACGCGAUACAGCCGUUCGACCGGACGCUGCACGAGUACAACGAGCUCAAAGACGCGUAUCUUGAGCUGGGGGGCCGCGAGGAUAGCGACGCGGGGUAUACGUGGGGACAGCAGGCGGCGACGAGGACGCGGGAGCGGUUCGGGUGCUCGCGCAUGGAUAAGGUGUUUUUUACGGGGGGGCUGAAGGUGCACGGGUUUGAGAGGUUUGGCGCGGAUGUUCAGGUGAGUGGUCAGAGGGAGCGGAGGGAGAUUGCGAAGUUGGGGUUUGAGAGGCCGUGGAUUACGGAUCAUUUGGGUGUUGUGGCGGAGUUUGAGGUUGUGGAUUGAAAGUGAAUAUAGGGUGGUUUGAGGGGUUGAAACUUGAAAGUAAGUGGGUAUAGGAAAUAACUACUCUGUUGACAUUGGGAUAUCUUCCUGUCCUUAUAGGAGAAUAUGGGAACUUGGAAGAAUCUCCUCACUUUGUAGUGUCUUAGGAUUUCAUCGGAUAACUACUUAGUCUUCAUAAGGAAGAACUUAUAACUACAUUUCUUCGGCCUUACAAAUAUUGGGUAUCUAAGCGCCUUAUGUGCUACUUCUGCCUUGAACGAAGUCUAUCUCUAGGCCUUGAACCUAUAAUAGACUAAUAGGCAUGUCUCAUUCGUAUCCAGGUUCCUAUUCCGAUGCGAACCUCACAUUCAUUGUAGCUUAGACCGGGUAUCUGACCACAACUUAUCCACGAUCUGGAACACUGCCGUAACAUCGCGCAUGACGGCACUAUCGACCUGUCCACCGAGUCGCUGCUGUAUCUUAUCCGGAUGCCACCGGACGCGUUCCUCUUUCAGUUUUGCCAGAAACUCCGUUUCGCCAACGUCCUCAGGUUCAAUACCCAUAACAAAAAA